AUGCUCCUCUUCGCUUUCACGUCACUUGUUGGUCUGGCUGCAUGUCUCCCGUCGAGCACACACACACAAUCGAAGAAACCAAUUGAUGACCUCAUCGUUACCAGAGUUCCCGACCAUGUCCGCCCUUACGUUGUGCGCGCAUACACACUUGACGGGUACCUAGUUGGAUCCCAAAUCUACCGGUUUCCGGUGACUGGUCCUUCGUCAGACUACGCCUUUACAUUGAUCAGCACCGCUGCACCAGCCAGUACAGAGCUGGGCGUGCUUCCUCACGCCCACAAGACUCACUACGAGAAUUCCUACUGCCUUAAGGGUCGCUACGCCCUCUGGACCAACAAGGACAACGUCACCUCUGGUCGUAUUCUUACUCCAGGUGACUACGGCGCCGUUCCGCAUGAUACAACACACUCCUUCCAGCUCCUCGACCCGUUCGUCGAGCUUGUCGGCGCAAUCCAGCCUGGUGGUUUCGAAGACCUCUUCUACUUCCUCGCAAGUGCCAACUACAGCUCUUCCACCAAUUCACCAUUCCCACAAGGAAACUUCACUGAACCUGGUGGCGACCCCAGCCUGAUCACUAAACUCGAGAGCUACGAUGUGUACGCCCAGCUGGCCUUCAGCCCGCCUACCAACUUCGGUGCCAACGGUGCGACAGAGGAAGAUGCAAUCUGGCACAGUGGUGCCAACGCAUUGGGCAAGGAUUCGCAGACCCCAUUCUUCGUUGCGAAAGGUUACGGUCCCAAGUACCUUGCUGGCGACAAGUCAUCUUCAUUCGCUAUCGUUGAGCCUUUCAUCACCAGCAAGCAGUCUGACGGAAACUUCACUGAGGGCACAAUCACCUUGUCGAAGCCAGUCUCUAGAUCCAAGCCUACCACAUACUCGCUGCCUGGUCACACUGCGCUCGAGGUUGUUGAUGGCCUUGUCAGCGUUCAUGUUGGAGGCUUCGAGGGGGCCACGACACUGUCUGUUGGCGAUGUCGUUUUCGUACCUGCGAACACAAAUUUCAGCUUUUGGGGUGAGUCAGUUUAUUCGAAGGUCCUGUAUUUCGGUGUUGGAGAAGACACGGUGGAUGCUAGAAUUCUGCAGAAUGCGAAGGAGUGGGACUCUGUUACGUGGCCGCAGUAA